AUGAAGCUCACGUUGUGGGUGGUAUUGGCCCUCCUGACCCUGUGUCUCGCUUUCCAGCAGCGCCUUGAGUACACCGAUGGUGGCGACCUCAACGAUACCGAGAUCGCCCGAAGGUGUCUUUACAACGCCUUCUUCCAGUCAAACCACGAACUGGGUGUUGACACAUCAAAGAGAUGGUCGCUCCUAGACACAGCAACUUGGGGUUACAAGAUGAAAUAUGCUCUCCCUCCAGCUGUACGCAAUCUAGGGGCAGAUGGCCUUCCACCCAGCAGCUACGGAAUUGCAAGGGCGCUCGACAGUCUGAGGAUAUCUAACAGAGAUUGGCAAGAUGGAGGAAGCCUCACGACGAUGGCUAUCAACCACUUUGACGCUACACAGUUUACACAGAUCCCGGCAAAAACCCUCGACCAACAGACUUAUCCAAAGCCUAGAAGCCAAACCGGCGAGCGUAAUAGGUACACAGGCAUGUAUUUGACAUGGGGAUACAGUGUCGCCAAUGGAGUCAUCUAUAACUUGUUCCAAAAAAGUACCGUCACCGCUGCUUCCGAACGUAUACCUCUAAUUCUAGAGGGACAACUUCCUGAGCUACGUAACAUGGCGGAUCUGCAGUAUGUCACGUGGGAGAGCAGUGCGAGAGCACUAGGCCCCGAAGCAAUCAAGAAGCUCGAGUGGUAUUUCGUGGCAAGCAUCCUCAAUGAAGAGACCCGACAGAUCAUCAGGGGAGCGCUCAUGCAUCUUUUGCGCACUGGUUUCGACGAACCGCUCCUCCCAUGGCCCGGACGUUGGAUCUCUAUCACCACCAAUAGUGGUCUGGCUAUCCUGGGAAGUGAGCUUGGAAAAACACUCGGCUAUUUUCUCGCUUUCCACAAAGAAAAUCUGGGUAAUAUGUGGGUGGAUGGAGUGGUAGUCUUCCAUGGGGAUACGGAUCAUAAGGCUGCUUGCCUGGCAUUCCACGUACGGCAACCUGCACGUCGCCCUUUCCUGCAAUUCGAAUUUGAUCUAAGUGAUCCGGGUAGGAACCCACCGGACUCACCGCAGAGGAUGAUUCCGGAUCCUCGAGGUUCCUGA